UGAGCCGCAGAUGUGCGAGCAGGAGCGCCAGAGCCCCGAUGCCCGCCCAGCAGGAAGCGGGCGGGAGAUGGUUCCUUCCUUCUGUCCUGAGGGGGAACCCUGCACAGAGGGACCAUUGAGGGCCUGGCAUUGUCUGCCUAACUCACCCAGUGCCUCCCUCCCUGGGUGGGCCAUGCGGGGCCCUGACAGGAUUGCCCUGGUGCCGUCUUGGCAGUGGGUCUGGGUGGGAUCCUGGGGGCAGGGCUUCCCUGAGUGCAGACAGCUAGGCCUCCACCUGCCCCGGCCUCCCACCCAGGCUCAGAUUUCCAGGGCAUAAGGCUCCAUUGUCCCAGCACUGGUGGAGGCGGCCUGUCAAUUCAGCCUUGUGUUUGGUGGUUGGGAAAUUCCCAGCCAUGGGGGGCUGCAGGCAGGAAGGGGCUGCCCAGGUGUCCUGCACCCCAACUGAAGGGACUCCAUGAGGUUGGUUCCUGGGCAUCCCCUGCUGCCUGGAGCUGUCCCAGGCUGGACCUCAACCAUUCAUCAACCCUCAGGAGCAGUUGGGUGAGGAGCACCAGAAAUUCAAUGCUCCCUGGCGCUGCAUCCCCAGAGCCCUCCCAGCCUAAGAAGCCCCAUCUUUCUGUCUCCACCCAUGGAGAGCUGCAGCUGUGAGGCCCAGGACCCUUAGCAGGACAUGCAGAACUGGGCAGGGACCCAGGCUCAUGCUCCCAGCGUGGGGUGAGUUGUCUCCAGCCUGUGGAGACCGCCAUGAAGUUGAUCUGCCUCCCAGAGGGCCUGGCCCACUUGAAAUAAUUGCUCCGGCUACUGAUGUGGUGGGAACUUUGGUAUUUUUAACCCAUUUGGGGGGUGGGGGAGCAGCUAGGAAGAGAGAGGCAAGCUUUCAGAGUCAGAGAGGCCUGAGAGAGGAGAGUAGAGGGAAACUCAGUGAGGAGGAGCCAGGCAGGCUGCCUCGGUAGUUCCCCAGGCCUAGACACCCCCCCUGUACCACCCCCUGUCCCAGCAGGUAGGUGCAGACCUAGAUGCCAGGUGCAGAAGGGGGAAAGGGCCCUCUCCAGGGUUACAGCAGGGAUCACCGAGGCUGCAGGGGCUGCCAAGGCCUGGAAGAAGUCCCAUGUUCCAGGGAGCCCCAUGGCUUCUGAUGUCAGGAAAACUUAGUCCUCUCAGUUCCCCAGAAUCAUUUCACCCCACCCCACCCAAACUGAGUGGCAAACCAGUUGGGUGGAGAAUACAAGCCCUGACUCCAGCUGCCUGGUCAGUGGCAUGGCCAGCUAAGUCCUAGCAACCCUGGGAGUCAGGGAGGAGGCAAGGACAAGACUACAGCAUUGUUUGGCUGAGUUCUGGGUCUGGCCCCACUCCCCAAAACUGACCCCAAUCUCUGUGUCUGCUGCCCUAAAAAGAGACCCUGGGGCUGGGUGUGGUGGCUCACGCCUGUAAUCCUAGCACUUUGGGAGGCCCAGGCGGGCGGAUCACCUGAGAUCAGGAGUUCAAGACCAGUCUGGCCAACAUGGUGAAACCCCGUCGCUACUAAAAUACAAAAAUUAGCUGGGCAUGAUGAUGGGUGCCUGUAAUCCCAGCUACUCAGGAGGCUGAAACAGGAGAAUCACUUGAACCCAGGAGACGGUGGUUGCAGUGAGCCAAGAUUGUGCCACUGCACUCCAGCCUAGGUGGCUGAGCGAGACUCCAUCUCAAAAAAAUAAAUAAAAGGAGACCCUGACUGGAUGUAGUGGCUCAUGCCUUAAUCCGAGCACUUUUGGAGGCCAAGGCAGGAGGAUCACUUGAGGCCAAAAGUUUGAGACCAGCCUGGGCAACAUAGCAAGACCCCAUCUCUUAAAAACAAAAGAUCCUAGCGGUCCUCAUCUCUACCAUGGACUACCAGAGGGAAGGCAGCACCUCUCAUCACCCAGGGGGAUGGCCUCCAGUCAGCUGGGUGGGGAACACAGAGCCCUGCCCAGAGGCUUGAACCUGGCACCACAGGGGUCUGGAAUUACACAGAAGACGGGUGACAGCCAAGGUGGAUCAUGAACGGUGGACUUCAGGGCUCCACUCUGCCACUGUCAACAUACAGUCCCUCCAGAGAAGUACCCGUCAUGCUACAAAUGGGGCACGUUCACCAGACUCAGCUUCAGGACAAGACCCCAGAGAUGCAAAGCUACCUGUCCAGGAUGGCGGACUCCGGAUGGGCCCCGCCCUGUGGUGCAGAAGUGAGAUUUGCUGCUCCUCCUGCAUCUGCCCCUCUCCUGCCCUCCUCUCCCUCCCCGAUCUGGCUGUCAUGGAAGAAGCCACUGCUGGCCAGGCCACUGAAGUACUAAGUGGCCCAAGUGCUCCCCACCUGUGGAGGGACAGGUGAGAUAUUGGAGUCCACGGGUGGUGCCCCCACCCAGUGAUUCCCUUUGCCUGCUGAGCCCCUGGAGCUGGGGUUUCUUCCUCCCUUGCCUUGGCUGGCCACCUGGCUUCUGGGACCGCCACCUGGCUUCUGGGACCGCCACCUGGGGCACCCUUCUGCUUUAAGGCCCAAUAUGGGAGGGGUCGUCCCUACCAGCCCCUCCCUUGUGCCCAUUCCACUCCCGCCUGGCUGCCGUCUCCAGCCGGUCCCGGCUGCCUGCCCGGUCACCCGAUCCGCCCUCUAAACUUUACUGCGCAGCGGGCGGCGCGUGGGGCGGUGGCUGGCCUGGUGGGGGCGGGGGCUGCUCCUUAAAGGAGCCGUCAGAGGGUCCCCAGCGGCCCCAGGGUGGGAAGGGGCCAGAGUGGAGAGAUGCUGCUGCGGGAGUCCUCGGUGGAGUGUGAGAAGGCAGCCAGUGUUGGCCUGGAAGACCUCUAGAACCUGAGAAGAGGCAGCGAUCCUGGGGCAGAGUCCAGGGCAGCUCAAGGCUCCUCCACACACACACCCGCUGAACCCUGAGCGCCCUGAGCUGCUGAGAUGGGGCGGGCCGGGGCUGCCGCCGUGAUCCCGGGCCUGGCCCUGCUCUGGGCAGUGGGGCUGGGGAGUGCCGCCCCCAGCCCCCCACGCCUUCGGCUCUCCUUCCAAGAGCUCCAGGCCUGGCAUGGUCUCCAGACUUUCAGCCUGGAGCGAACCUGCUGUUACGAGGCCUUGCUGGUGGAUGAGGAGCGUGGACGCCUGUUUGUGGGCGCCGAGAACCAUGUGGCCUCCCUCAACCUGGACAAUAUCAGCAAGCGGGCCAAGAAGCUGGCCUGGCCGGCCCCUGUGGAAUGGCGAGAGGAGUGCAACUGGGCAGGGAAGGACAUUGGUACUGAGUGCAUGAACUUCGUGAAGUUGCUGCAUGCCUACAACAGCACCCAUUUGCUGGCCUGUGGCACGGGAGCCUUCCACCCAACCUGUGCCUUUGUGGAAGUGGGCCACCGGGCAGAGGAGCCCGUCCUCCGGCUGGACCCAGGAAGGAUAGAGGAUGGCAAGGGGAAGAGUCCUUAUGACCCCAGGCAUCGGUCCGCCUCCGUGCUGGUGGGGGAGGAGCUAUACUCAGGGGUGGCAGCAGACCUCAUGGGACGAGACUUUACCAUCUUUCGCAGCCUAGGGCAACGUCCGAGUCUCCGAACAGAGCCACACGACUCCCGCUGGCUCAAUGAGCCCAAGUUUGUCAAGGUAUUUUGGAUCCCGGAGAGCGAGAACCCAGACGACGACAAAAUCUACUUCUUCUUUCGUGAGACGGCGGUAGAGACGGCGCCGGCACUGGGACGCCUGUCCGUGUCCCGCGUUGGCCAGAUCUGCCGGAACGACGUGGGCGGCCAGCGCAGCCUGGUCAACAAGUGGACGACGUUCCUGAAGGCGCGGCUGGUGUGCUCGGUGCCCGGCGUCGAGGGCGACACCCACUUCGAUCAGCUCCAGGAUGUGUUUCUGUUGUCCUCGCGGGACCACCGGACCCCGCUGCUCUAUGCCGUCUUCUCCACGUCCAGCAGCAUCUUCCAGGGCUCUGCGGUGUGCGUGUACAGCAUGAACGACGUGCGCCGGGCCUUCUUGGGACCCUUUGCACACAAGGAGGGGCCCAUGCACCAGUGGGUGUCAUACCAGGGUCGCGUCCCCUACCCGCGGCCAGGCAUGUGCCCCAGCAAGACCUUUGGCACCUUCAGUUCCACCAAGGACUUCCCAGACGAUGUCAUCCAGUUUGCGCGGAACCACCCCCUCAUGUACAACUCUGUCCUGCCUAUUGGGGGGCGCCCUCUUUUCCUACAAGUUGGAGCCAAUUACACCUUCACUCAAAUUGCCGCGGACCGGGUUGCAGCCGCUGACGGACACUAUGACGUCCUCUUCAUUGGCACAGACGCUGGCACGGUGCUGAAGGUGAUCUCGGUCCCCAAGGGCAGUAGGCCCAGCGCAGAGGGGCUGCUCCUGGAGGAGCUGCACGUGUUUGAGGACUCGGCCGCUGUCACCAGCAUGCAAAUUUCUUCCAAGAGGCACCAGCUGUACGUAGCCUCGCGGAGCGCGGUGGCCCAGAUCGCGUUGCACCGCUGCGCUGCCCACGGCCGCGUCUGCACCGAAUGCUGUCUGGCGCGUGACCCCUACUGCGCCUGGGACGGGGUCGCGUGCACGCGCUUCCAGCCCAGUGCCAAGAGGCGGUUCCGGCGGCAAGACGUAAGGAAUGGCGACCCCAGCACGUUGUGCUCCGGAGACUCGUCUCGUCCCGCGCUGCUGGAACACAAGGUGUUCGGCGUGGAGGGCAGCAGCGCCUUUCUGGAGUGUGAGCCCCGCUCGCUGCAGGCGCGCGUGGAGUGGACUUUCCAGCGCGCAGGGGUGACAGCCCACACCCAGGUGCUGGCAGAGGAGCGCACCGAGCGCACCGCCCGGGGACUACUGCUGCGCAGGCUGCGGCGCCGGGACUCGGGCGUGUACUUGUGCGCCGCCGUCGAGCAGGGCUUUACGCAACCGCUGCGUCGCCUGUCGCUGCACGUGUUGAGUGCUACGCAGGCCGAACGGCUGGCGCGGGCCGAGGAGGCGGCGCCUGUCGCGCCGCCGGGCCCCAAACUCUGGUACCGGGACUUUCUACAGCUGGUGGAGCCGGGCGGCGGUGGCAGCGCGAACUCCCUGCGCAUGUGCCGCCCGCAGCCUCCGCUGCAGUCACUGCCCGUGGAGUCGCGGAGAAAGGGCCGUAACCGGAGGACCCACGCCCCUGAGCCUCGCGCUGAGCGGGGGCCGCGCAGCGCAACGCACUGGUGACCUGACUGUCCCCACGCCGGGAACCAAGCAGGAGACGACAGGCGAGAGAGGAGCCAGACAGACCCUGAAAAGAAGGACGGGUUGGGGCCGGGCACAUUGGGGGUCACCGGCCGAUGGAGACACCAACCGACAGGCCCUGGCUGAGGGCAGCUGCGCGGGAUUAUUUAUUAACAGGAUAACCCUUGAAUGUAGCAGCCCCGGGAGGGCGGCACAGGUCGGGCGCAGGAUUCAGCCGGAGGGAAGGGACGGGGAAGCCGGGCUCCAGAGCAACGACCAGGGCCGAGGAGGUGCCUGGAGUGCCCACCCUGGGAGACAGACCCCACCUCCUUGGGUAGUGAGCAGUGAGCAGAAAGCUGUGAACAGGCUGGGCUGCUGGAGAUGGGGCGAGGCAGGCCGACUGUACUAAAGUAACGCAAUAAACGCAUUAUCAGCCAAAGCUGGAAUGGCCCCAGCAGAAAA